AUGGCUGCAGAACUUCCAGAAGUAGAAGGGCGUGCCAAGUUUUUCCCAUUCCUCCAGCACAAACAGCAGAACAAGAGCUGCUUUGUCAGUGGAAAAGCGCGCGGCGAUCAUGCUUUGAGAAAUUGCAACCCUAAAUUGCAAUCAGGUAUCAUCCAAGCCUACAAGAGUGGUCUCACCCUUCAGGGCAAUACCACCAGUCUGGGGAGAUGGGACUUCGUGGGCUCUUUCUUCUUCUCCAUCUCUGCAAUAACCACCAUUGGCUAUGGGAACCUGAGCCCCACCACUGCAAUUGCUAGAAUCUUAUGCAUUGUCUUUGCCCUCUUUGGGAUCCCCUUGAACUUGGUUGUUCUAAACCGAAUUGGGCAGCUGAUGCUCUCUGGUGUUCACAAAUGUGCCAGGCAUCUGCAGGAGAAGUUCCACUGGAAGAAGGCAGCCACCCUGUUGACAAGGACCUGUGCACUGGUUACUGGCUUGUUGCUGUUCCUCCUGCUACCGCCUUUACUGUUUUCUGCCAUAGAAGGCUGGACUUAUGAAGAAGGAUUCUACUAUUCCUUCAUCACCCUCAGCACAAUAGGCUUUGGAGAUUACGUGAUUGGGAUGAACCCAGACCGUACCUAUCCAGCCUGGUACAAGAAUGUGAUAUCUCUGUGGAUCCUCUUUGGCAUGGCUUGGCUAGCACUGGUCAUCAACAUUUGUAUCAAUGUGCUAGAGAACUCUAAUGACCUCUGCCGGUGCUGCAAGAAGAAAAAGAAAGAGGUAGAGCAGGAUUUAACAGACAGCAACAAAAGUAGUACUCUGGGGCUGGAUGAUGUGGAGAGCUGCACUACCAAGGACACAAAGUCAAAAGGCCCAGACUGAACAGCACUUGUGCAGCUCCUUUAGAAGGACUUUUCCCAAGGGAUACCUCCUUGGUGCAUCAUAUGUGUAUGUGCCAGCAGAGGUGACUGUGUAGAACAGCUGGAGUGGAAAUCCCUUGUACUUCAGUCAAACAGGAAUGGAAACUAGAGCACUGGGCCUGGAGUGCCUCUACUGAGAAUCAAGUAGUAGAGAAAUACUAUAAGCUCAGUUUCUUGCACUAUAAGGCAUUACCUCAUCCAAACUCCAAGUCCCCAUUUAGAUUUCUUUAGGCUUCACUUAAGGUCCCACCCGCAUGUAUAAGUUGUAUUUGAAAUUGGUAUAUGGCACUGAUCCAUUGUUCUCUCUUUCACAUGCAGAAGUCUCUCAUUUCAUGCAUACCACUUCACAUAUCAUCACUGCACCCGCCAGUGCCAUAGCAUAUGGGUCACCACACAGCACAUUCUUCAAAUGCCCGAUGAGGAACAUACUUUAAAAGCAAACAAUUCAUCACUUGUCACAAGUUAUGCUCCAUGACUUUCAUGCUUGUACCUGCCAAAGGGGAUAACAUUCUUCUGCUACCAGAUCCUAAAUAUAUGGCAAUGAGGCAUAGCAUGCAACUGGAUAUCCAGUGUGACGAGGGAAACCACCACAUCAAAGAGCUAUAUCAGUGUUAAAGAUGAACGACUCUUAUUAUGGUAUUUGGUUUAUUCAUCUACAGAAUCCUUCUGUGGUAUCAUCCACUACAGAAUUUAGUAUGGUCCCCAAAUGUCACCAGUUAAAUGCAAUGGUUUAUUAUUGUUAAACUUUCCUUUUAACAUUUUGGAAGCCAGAACUGGAAGCCAGAAGCCAGUUGUUAUGAGCCUGGCCAUGGCCCAGUGAUAACAAAGCUUACAUUUGAUCCAGAAAUAGAUGAGGUUGCUGCUGAUUUAGCUUAAUGGGAAUAUAGAGAAAAAAAAUUCUUGUGAUAUUUUCAUGGCACAGAGAUGACAGUGAUUUGCCUGCUCCUUUUUAUUUUGCUGGCAUAAGCAGCAGCAUGUCCUGCUGUAUGUAAUGCUGAAUCUGAUCCUGAACUAUGGCAUUUUUAAUUAAUAUAAUUUCUCAGAAGUCUUUUGCACUCUGAGCUGUUUAAAAAAGGCCCAUAGCUUGUAGUACCUGAUAUAAUUAGUAUCAGCGUGCCCAUUCAUGAUCCUCACAAGUGGCGUUUCUCAUGUUGGCAGCAUCCUGGAUUGGGGAUUUUGAGAGUCUGACCUUAUAAACCAGUUUUGAACUUGUGGAAGAACCACCUACUGUCUGCAGGGGAUCUAGAUUCCACAAGAA